AUGUAUGGUUUACAGAGACAGGCGUUCUUGAACGCUGCAAAGCGUGGCAGUGGUUCUACUUCGUUCACGAGGGGGCUUUCGAUUUCGCAGUCCACCAUCCCGCUCGACGGAAAACCCACCUCAUUCUCCACGAUCCUCCUCCGGGACGCAUGUGCCUGCCCGCAAUGCGUCCACGAAUCCACCAACCAGCGGCUCUUCUCCACCGCCGACAUCCCCUCCGACAUCCAAACGGAAUCCGUCGACAUAGAUUCCUCCACCGGACCUGUCAAUAUAAGAUGGCAAUCCGACAUUCCCAGCUUCAAGGCCGACCACGUCACCACGAUUCCUCUGUCUAAGCUGCGUCAACUCAGCACUGCGGGAGGACCGCCGAGGGAUUCCCUCCCGCCGCGCGUGCUGUGGAGCAAAGAGCCUCUCAACCUGCCGGACUACGAGUACGGUGAAUACAUGAAGGACGACAAGGUGCUGUACGAUCUCAUGAACCAGCUCCACGAGGACGGAUUGGCGUUCGUGACGGACGUUCCCGGCAAGGAGGAGUCUCUGGCUACGAUCGCCACACGCAUUGGACCGAUCAAGGAUACGUUCUACGGGUACACCUGGGACGUCCGCACCGUGCCCGCCGCCAUCAACGCAGCCUAUACAUCCCACGACCUCGGCUUCCACACCGACCUGCUAUACUUCCAGCAGCCACCGCACAUCCAGUUCCUUCACUGCGUGCAGUCGGCGUCGACAGGCGGCGCCAGCGUCUUCGUCGACGGCUACAAAGCGGCCGUCGACCUCUUCCACUCCGACAUGGACGCCUUCGACACGCUGUCCACCGUGCCCGUCAACUACCACUACAACCACCCGGACGCGAAUGUGUACCGCACGACGAAGCCGGUCAUCGACUUGCGGCCGUUGUUCAUUGGCGAGAAGAGGUACACGCGGUUGUCGGAGUAUAUCAGGGACUGGAAUGAGUUGAGUUUGAGGAGUGGGGGUGAGGGAUGGAAGGACGAUAUGUUUAUCGAGUGCAUGGACAAGAUUAAUUGGGGACCGCCGUUUAGCGCGCCGUUUUCGAGCCAUGCGGUUUCUACGCAUCAGGAUCGCGUUGGUGAAGCGGACCUGGAGGAGUUGAAUGAUAAGGUGGAGAGGUGGCAUGAGGCGGCGACGAAGUACAAUGCGUUAUUGCAGCGGCCGGAGGCACAGUAUGAGAGGAAGAUGAAGCCCGGAGAGUGUGUUUUGUUUGAUAACACGAGGACGCUGCAUUCAAGGCGGGCGUUCGAUAUGGCGGAUGUUGGCAAGCCGAGGUGGUUGAGGGGGACGUACGUUGAUAAGGAUCCGUUUUUCAGCAAAUUCCGGGUUUUGCAGAAUAAGUUUGAGUAGGGUGUACUUUUGAUGUACUUCCCGUCGAAGGGAGGACCGUGAAUGCAUUACUGCAUGCAAGGUCAUCGUCCAUUGAUUGCUCAUAUGAUGAUGAG